AGCGCAGAUCUGGGCGGGGUGGCGCUUCUUCAGCUUUCAUAACUAACAACAGUGAUAAAUACGCGCUGCAGAUCCUCCACACCUCACCACAAGAGCAGCUGCAGCCUUCACCUCCUCACAAUGAUUUGCUUUGCAGGAGCAGUGGUUUUGCUGUUGGCAGUGACCGUAGAAGCCAGAGUUGGCAACUCCACAGAUCCCACCUCCUUCUGCACGGAGACCAAGGAGUGCUUGCUGUUUGAUUUGAUCUGUGAAGGAGAAGGAUACGAGGUUCGCCACUAUGAUGAGACUAAAUGGGUGACCGCAGAGGUAGAAUCGCACUUCAUGGACGUGGCAGUCAUGAGAGCCUUCAGGAAACUUUUUAAAUAUAUCACUGGUGAAAACAAAGACGGAAUAAAUAUCGACAUGACGGCUCCAGUCAUCACUAAAGUGAAAGACGAACGGCACAUGCUGGACCGAUCGGUCUACGUUAUGAGCUUUUUAUUACCCUCUGCCUACCAGAAAUACGCCCCCGAGCCCACUGACAGCUCAGUGUACCUGACCGACAUGCCGGAGAUGGAUGUGUACGUGAGGAGUUAUGGGGGCUGGAUGGUGUCACUGACCGCCAAAUAUUAUGGUUAUCGCCUGAGAGAAUCACUCAACAGUGUCCAAGCUUCUUACAACAAAGAGUAUCACUAUGAUGUUGGCUAUAACAGCCCAAUGAAGCUGACGGAGAGACAUAACGAAGUGUGGUACAUACCUGAAGGCAAGCCUGUGUGUCCAGGGAAUGAGUGAUGCACUGCGUCCACGUCUGAGAAAGCCAGCAUGCUGCAGAGUGCUCCUCUCUGGACCUGGAAGUCAAUAAAAUGACCGUCUACCUUAUUUUAAAUUCAGUUGGAGAAAUUUCUGACUGUCUCGAAUAAUUCCACAGUUUCUAAUCCUAAUACUGUUCUAAUGGUACUGACUUUUAUCCAGAAGACUCAUGUAUGUGCACAUUUUUUAUAACAGACUGAACAUUCUGAAUUAACAUUUGCUCAAUAAAAGAAGAAAUGAAUGAAAUAAA